GACGUCCCUCACUCUGCAUCAUAAAACUGCCGAAUGACAAUUUCAUGAGCGACAACUUUUAGCAAACUGCGAUCUUUCCAACUGUACACCUGUUCCAGCGUACAUCCGGGCACACUUGCUCCAUCUCCAUGGCAAGCAUGGCAAACGCCCCCGUUCUCACGCCCCCCUCUUCUCAGUAACCCAGGAAGCAGUCUUGCUGUCAUCUCUGGCAUGCUGGCUUGCCUUGCUGUCUCAGGGCUUUGGAUAUUAUUCUAUCAUAGUAACUGAAUUUUAGAUGAUGUACUGUUUUCACAGUUUUUAAGCGAUCCCUGCACUUUAAACGAAUUCCAUUAAACCAUGGCAGGAAAAUUACCUCCUUGUGUCAUUGACUGUGGAACGGGAUAUACAAAACUCGGGUAUGCUGGAAAUACAGAACCUCAAUUUAUAAUCCCAUCAUGCAUUGCAAUCAGAGAGUCAGCAAAAGUUGGGGAUCAAGCCCAGAGAAGGGUGAUGCGAGGUGUAGAUGAUCUAGACUUUUUCAUAGGCGAUGAAGCUAUUGAUAAACCAACAUAUGCCACAAAGUGGCCAAUCCGACAUGGUAUUGUUGAAGACUGGGAUCUGAUGGAGAGGUUUAUGGAGCAAGUAAUAUUCAAGUAUCUACGAGCAGAACCAGAAGAUCAUUAUUUCUUGAUGACAGAGCCUCCACUAAAUACUCCUGAAAACAGGGAAUAUCUUGCGGAAAUCAUGUUUGAGUCAUUUAAUGUGCCAGGUCUUUACAUUGCAGUGCAGGCUGUGCUAGCUUUAGCGGCAUCCUGGACUUCACGUCAAGUGGGAGAACGCACAUUGACUGGAAUUGUUAUCGAUAGUGGUGAUGGGGUAACUCAUGUUAUUCCUGUGGCAGAAGGCUAUGUCAUUGGGAGUUGUAUUAAGCAUAUUCCUAUUGCUGGACGAGAUAUUACAUACUUUAUACAGCAGCUGCUCAGGGAGCGGGAGGUUGGAAUUCCCCCAGAACAGUCACUAGAAACCGCUAAGGCUAUAAAGGAGCGGUACUGCUAUAUCUGUCCAGAUAUAGUAAAAGAAUUUACCAAAUAUGAUGUAGAUCCAGGCAGAUGGAUCAAACGAUAUAAGGGAGUAAAUGCAAUCAACAAGAAAGAAUUUUUAAUCGAUGUGGGAUACGAGCGAUUUCUUGGACCUGAAAUUUUCUUUCAUCCUGAGUUUGCCAACCCUGAUUUUGUGCAGCCAAUUUCUGACAUCGUUGAUGAAGUGAUACAGAACUGUCCGAUAGAUGUUAGGAGACCAUUGUAUAAGAAUAUAGUCCUGUCUGGUGGAUCUACAAUGUUCAGGGAUUUUGGGCGUCGCCUUCAGAGAGACCUAAAACGAGUGGUAGAUGCGAGAUUAAGACUGAGUGAGGAACUGAGCUGUGGUCGGAUAAAGCCCAAGCCCAUUGAAGUUCAGGUCAUCACUCACCACAUGCAACGUUAUGCAGUUUGGUUUGGAGGAUCCAUGCUAGCUUCAACACCUGAAUUUUUUCAUGUAUGCCACACAAAGAAGGAUUAUGAAGAAUAUGGCCCCAGUAUUUGUCGCCAUAAUCCUGUUUUUGGAGUUAUGUCUUGAUAGUAACUUCCUUUCCUCAAGUGAUGAAAAUGCAAAGCAUUCAGUGCUGAACUAAAAAAGUGGACAUUUGAUAAUGGAAUAUUUAUCUAUAUAGUGCAGGUACUUUACUGUACAUGCAUAAAAGCUAGAAUCAUUUAAAUAAAAGCCAUUUAUAUGCCGACUGUUCAGUAGCUUCUAACAUUCUUCCUGUAACAGUGCCUGUAGGCUAGAAGAAAAGCUGAAGUGAGAUUACAAACGUGCUCCUUCUUAUUACAAAAAAGGUACUAGUUAUGUUUAACAGACGGUUACGGAAAUAAGAAUGCCAUCUUAUAAAUAUUUAAAAUGACUGAAAAAUGCAGUACAAAUAAGUGUUUAUAUUUUGUAUUUUAAGAUGCUAGUAAAGCUAAAAAAUAAUUUCUGCACGGGUUAAGAUUGUACAGCAGUAAUGUAACAAAGAAUGUUCUGUUGAAAUAUGAAGGCAUGUAUAUUUCAUUAAUAUAUUUAUAAAGAGAUUGUUAAAAUGAAACAUAUUUGCUAUGGUAUAAAAAUAUCACUUUGACUGCUUGAGUAAAACAGAGUUAUGACCAUUUUAUUAUUCUAGUUAGCAUUACACUUAUUUAAGUUUUAAUUGGUUUGUAUAUGAAUGUGUUUAGAUUAUGUUAAUGAGUGGUAAAUGGAAUGCUGCUUUGUGACAUUCUAUUAAAAUGCUCCAUAUCUUUAUAGCUUC